UGCUGUUUCUACUUCUAGUAGUCUUAAAACACGCCACCACCUCUUCUUCCUGCGCGCGCGCGCACAUAGAUUUCCUCCUCCUCGUUCUCAGUCCCACAUUCCGUGUUUCAUUCGUUGUACAGCUGCCGCCUCUCCAGCACACGGUGUAAGAACACUGGGAUUCUUUCUUUAUUUGCCAAAAAUAAAUUUCUUUGUUUUUUUUUUGAUAUUCUUAGAAACACACUCUUAUUUGCCAAAUAUACAUUUUUCUUUUCAAGAAAUCAACCAAGAAAAGAAAUAAUAAUUCCUUGAAACCUUUGAUUUUUUCUUUUCUUUUAUGGGGGUUUGAAUGCAAUAAUUUGCAUGCAUGUUAAAGAAGAUGGAUUUUGAUGAGAAACAAAGUUUUGGUUUUGGUGGUAAUGCAAUGAUAGCUAAGGUUUCAAGAUUUUCUUGGUCACCAUUUCUUUUCUUGAUCACACUUAUAGCUCUUUUAUCUUUUCAAAUCACAACCAAGACCAUCUACCCUAUGAAGAUUGCAUUUAGUUCUACGUCGAAGACCGGUGUUUCAGCCGAUACAAGAACCAGCUGUGUGGGGUUCUUUGGAGAGUUGCCGGAGAGAAAAGCUGUGAUGUCGAUAAGAGAAUUCGGUGGGGUUGGUGACGGGAAAACGUCUAAUACCGAAACGUUUCGGAAAGCGAUACGGUACUUGCAACGUUUCGGGGAGAGUGGUGGUGCCCAGUUGAAUGUGCCGAAGGGAAGAUGGGUGACAGGGAGUUUUAAUUUGACAAGUAAUUUCACUUUGUUUCUUGAAGAAGGUGCUGUUAUUUUGGGUUCUCAGGACCCGAAGGAAUGGCCUAUUAUAGAACCAUUGCCUUCUUAUGGAAGAGGGAGGGAGAGAUUAGGGGGAAGACAUAUUAGCCUUGUUCAUGGAGAUGGCCUCACAAAUGUUGUCAUCACAGGAAACAAUGGGACAAUUGAUGGACAAGGGAAGAUGUGGUGGGAAUUAUGGUGGAACAGAACAUUGGAGCACACAAGAGGUCACCUUGUAGAACUAAUGAACUCUAACAAUAUUCUCAUCGCCAACCUCACGUUUUGCAACGCUCCAUUUUGGACCAUUCAUCCAGUUUACUGCAGCAAUGUUGUUGUUAAAGACAUGACAAUCUUGGCUCCUCUCAAAGCCCCAAAUACUGAUGGUAUAGACCCUGACUCAAGCACAAAUGUGUGUAUUGAGGAUUGUUACAUUGAGAGUGGGGAUGAUCUUGUAGCAGUGAAGAGUGGCUGGGACCAGUACGGUAUUAAAAUGGCUCGUCCAAGCUCAAACAUUGUAGUUAGGAGAGUAUCUGGCACCACCCCUACUUGCUCUGGGGUUGGAAUAGGUAGUGAGAUGUCUGGAGGGAUUUUUAACAUAACUAUUGAAGAUUUGCAUGUCUGGGAUUCUGCUGCUGGUGUGAGAAUAAAAACUGACAAUGGCAGAGGAGGAUAUAUAGCAAAUAUCACAAUAAGUAAUGUAACAAUGGAGAGAGUUAAGGUUCCGAUAAGGUUCAGUAGAGGCUCAAAUGACCAUCCUGAUGAAGGAUGGGAUCCUAAGGCAGUUCCAGUUGUGAAGGGCAUUUCUAUCCGUAAUGUGAUCAGUUUCAAUUCAACAAAAGCCCCUGUAUUGGAGGGAGUUGAGGACGCACCAUUUGGUGGGAUAUGCAUGAAGAAUGUUAGCUUGCUUGGAGUGGUAUCAUCUUUGUCAUGGCAUUGUGAAUUUGUCUCAGGUUUUGCAGAUGAGGUAUUUCCAACACCAUGCCCGCAGCUGCAGAGUAAUAUCUCUUCAUCUUGGUGCUCAUACUCUUGGGCUUCUUCGGUCAAUCUCAAUUGAAGUUUAGGGAUUCACUGGUUGUUUUCAGAGGCCAGUUUGCGUUGAGCAAAUUAUGAUUGAAAAACAAUAUUAUGGAAGUGGUUGGGUUGAUCACUAGAGGAACCACAUUAAGGGUCUGAACUGAGCAUUUCGUAAGUUAUAUUUGCUUAAGCGUGGUAUGAAGCUGCUGCAUGGAUGAGCUCUCAGAUUAUACUCUCGGUACCAAACACCAAUUUUGGCAAAUUUGUGGUUGCCUUUUUCAGUUUUGACUUGCCUUGGUGAUUUUCUGACCUUGGAUUUCACUAAUUCUGUCAUUGGUCACUGAUUUCUGUGUAUGGAUUAUUGAAUAUAACAGAAUGCACACCUGGGGAUUCAACUAAGCCCCAACCACAGAGAGAACAAAGGAUCGAUUACUUAUACCAAAAGAAUACAGGAAAAUUUAAUAGAAGGUACAUUUUCCAGCAUUCCUGGAUCGAUUACUUGUGCUAUAGGAAUGCUUGGAAAUUCUUUGUAGGAAUUUAAUAGAUGCUGCAUUCAAGGUUAGCUCCAUUUAUUUUUUACACCAUAAUUUCUUGUCCAAACAAGAUAUGGAGUCACCUCUCCAACUCAACUCUUGGUUUCUGUUCUUGUAAUGAAAGAGAUCUUAUUAACUUGUGUAGUCCUUGUUUUGUUUAAUGUUAUUUACUGACCACCCUGGCAAACCAGGUUCUCUUUUAA